UUUCAUGUUCCAGAAUGAAGCCCAUAGCUCCACAGCAAGCACCCAGACUAUAAAUAACCUACCAGUUGGAGCUCAGUUGAAGGGUCAGGACAGCUGAGGAAGUGGGCUGUCCCGUGGGUACAGCUGGUGUGGGCUAAUAGCAGACUGACUGUGCCUCUGCCUCCUCUUUCCAGGCUAGGAACAAGUACAACUUUACUGUAGAAAGAAGAUCCAUAAAGGAACAACUUUUGUUUGAUUUGCAGCCCCAGGAAGGCUCUUCAAACUCCCCCUCUGCCAGGAACAAUGGCUCUACCUAUAAACCCCAUGGACGAGCCCAGGAUGUACCAGCAGACGCUGCUCCAGGACGGCCUGUGUGACCUGCUGGAGAAUGAGAAGCUGGUCGACUGUGUGCUGAAGAUCAAAGACAAGGAGUUCCCCUGCCACCGGCUGGUCCUGUGUGCCUGCAGCUCUUACUUCCGCUCCAUCUUUCUGUCUGACCUGGAAGAGAGCAAGAAGAGAGAGAUUGUCUUGGAAGAUGUGGAGCCUGGUGUCAUGGGGCUGAUCCUGAAGUACCUGUACACCUCCAAAAUCAAUGUGACGGAGCAGAACGUUCAGGACAUCUUUGCUGUGGCCAACAUUUACCAGAUUCCCUCUAUUUUCACUGUAUGUGUGUCUUUCCUACAGAAGCGUCUGAGCCUCAGCAACUGUCUGGCUGUCUUCAGGCUUGGCCUGAUGCUGGACUGUCCCAGGUUGGCUGUUUCUGCCCGAAACUAUGCCUGCGAGCACUUCCAUCUCAUCUCCAGAGAUGAGGAGUUCCUCCAGCUGCUCCCCAGUGAGCUGGCAGCCAUUUUAUCAAACGACAAUCUCAACAUAGACACAGAGGAGGCAGUGUUUGAGGUUUUGAUGAACUGGGUGUCCAGAGACACAGAGAGCAGAGAGAAGGAACUGCCAGGUUUGCUGGAUUGCAUUCGUUUUCGUCUGCUCCCUGAGGAUUACAUGAAAGAAAAAGUGGAGAAACACAAAUUCAUCUGCUCCAAUCCUGAGUUACAGCAGAAACUCCAGAUGGUUAAGGAUGCUCAGGCUGGGAAAAUGCCAGAGGUUAAAAAAACCAAAAGCAAGAAGGAGGACGGUGGAGCGCAGAAAGAUGGCGAGAACGAAGAUAAAGAGGAAGAGGAGGAAGGUUUACUUCCAGGAAUUCUGAACGAUAACCUGCGAUUCGGCAUGUUCGUCAGGGACCUGAUCCUGAUGGUGAAUGACAAAGGUGCAGUGGCCUACGACCCAAAAGGAAAUGACUGCUUUGUAGCGGCGCUCUCCACACAGAUUCCCAAGAAUCACAUCAGCCUCGUAACCAAGGAGAAUCAGAUCUUUGUGGCUGGAGGAUUAUUCUUUGAUGAACAGAAUAAGGAAAACCCACUGUGCUCUUACUUCCUACAGUAUGACCCGAUUAGCUCCGACUGGCUGGGGAUGCCUCCUCUCCCGUCUCCCCGCUUCCUGUUUGGGCUGGCCGAGGCUGAGAACUCCAUCUUCGUGUUGGGAGGGAGGGAACUGAAGGACCAGGAGCACACGCUGGACUCGGUUCUGGUCUAUGACAGACAAUCUUUCAAAUGGGGUGAGUCAGAGCCACUUCUUUACCCAGUCUAUGGACAUGCAACGAUAUCCCACAAUGAUAUUGUUUAUGUGAUUGGAGGAAAAGGAGAAAACAAGAACUGUCAGAAGAGGAUGUGUGCGUAUGACGCCAAGAGAUUUGAAUGGAAGGAGCUGGCUCCUAUGAAGACUGCACGUUCUUUAUUUGGAGCCACUGUUCAUAAAGACAAAAUAUACGUGGGAACAGGAGUCACCGACACCGGCCUGACAGCCUCUGUGGAGGUGUACGACAUUGCAACCAACAAGUGGUCAGACUUUGUAGCGUUUCCCCAGGAGCGUAGCUCUCUCAACCUGGUGUCUUUGCUGGGCUCGCUCUAUGCUGUGGGAGGUUUCGCCAUGAUGCCUCUGGAGGAUAGCGAUGAGAUUGUUCCCAAAGAGAUGAAUGACAUCUGGAGAUACAAUGAGGCGGAGAAGAAGUGGAUCGGAGUCCUCAGAGAGAUCCAGUAUGCCUCAGGAGCCACUAUUCUGGGGGUCCGACUCAACACCCUGCGUCUCACCAAGAUGUAAAAACCCCCUCUGGUCCCUGUUUGUCAUCAGAAAUCUGCGCUUGUUAACCACUUCCAACACUAGUUCAUAUGAGUCCAAGGACGUCAUGAAUCAUCUUGUUUGGUGUUCAGUUUGUUUUCUUUUACACUGUUCUAAUUAUAUGUCUAAUGGUGAUUCUGGCUUGAUAAGGAAGACUAUUCUUUUUUGAUUGAAGACAUUUUUAUAUAUGUGUGUUUCAGUGAUUUUAAAACUAUAAGCAAUCUAUAGCCCACUGACAUUUUUUUGCACUAUAUGGAAUAAAAUUUAAGUAUUUAACACCAACAAAAAUCCUCAAUAAUCACUGAGUAUGUUGGCAGGAUGUUGUGCAUUUCCCAACAGGUGGCAGCAAAGUCUUAAUGUAGAAGCCUUUGGAGAACAAGACAGCAACAUGAAACAGUUUGAAAAACUUUCACUUUGUCUGCACAGAAACAAAAACACAGCACACUUCUCCAUUUGCAAUAAUAUAUCUAUAUUGUUUAAUAUUGAAAUGAUUUCAUUACGCUCUGCUGUGUUACAGACAGUAAACACUAGUCAAUAAUACAAUAAAAGACAGAAAAUACAGUCUAAUGUUAUUAGCACCUCUAGACACUAUUGUCCUUGUACUGUUUUAGUAUUUUAAUAUAGCUGAACUUGACAACUACGGCCUACACAUGGUCUUUGUACACCAGGGUUAACUAAGACAUAGUGUUUACAUUAUAAAGUAGAGAAUCAGCAAACAGUACACAUUAUGAUUUCUUUAACACAGCUGCAAUAUGAGUAAGUAUGGGAAAUGUAGAGGGUAUGUGGAUAAUACAUCUUUGAAUUGACUAUGGCAUUGGUGCCUAUGGUUAUCAUCACAUAUAUCUUUGCCCAAAAAGGGGAAAUGUCACCAUCGAACAAAUUUAUUGUAUUAGAACAGCUAGCCAAACCUUCACAUGCAAAAUAACCAACAACAUGUUUUCCAAUUUCAUAUUCUAGUUUUUACCCAAAACGAGGGCAAAUACAAAAAACAAAAUUGCUCCUCCAUUCUUAAAAAAAACAAAAACAUUUUUACUUCUUCAACAGAACAACACAUUUCUUUAAUUACAACUAAAAUAUUCCCAACACUUUUACUCCAGCUGAAGGCCACAGAAUCAAAUCCUUUUGGAUACACAACUUCGGCUCUAGCAGCUAGUCAACCCAAAAACUUGCAGUCCAAGUAGAGACCUCAACCUGGCAAUCCCAGUUUCCAUUCUUUCCAUUCUCAAUGCUUCAUUAUGUGACAAACAUUUGCCUCGGUUGCAAUGCAGAAUGCACAGUCACUAUGGCACCCACUUAAUCUCUGACAAACCCUCAUUUAAGGACAAGGGCAGGUCCACCUUUGCCUAAUCUAAUACAAGACUUUGGCUGCUAGCCUCAGUAAAAGAGAAUUUGGCUAAUUAAAAGACAUAAAGCCUACCUGCCCAGAAUAUAAGACUCCUUAACACUGUGCAAACUGCCCUUUCUCUGUCACUAGAAUCUCAGAUUUACUGCUAUUAAACUUUACACUUACAAUUACACUUAAACAAAGAUGAUUUGUUAUGGUCUUUUUCAGAAUUUGGGUGCUGCCAGGCUCUGUGAAGUGUUGCUUUGACGAUGUCGUCUUUGCAGUUGUAUUUAGGGAAGACUUGUUCACAAAAUAAUCCAAGACAAAUACAAAUUCUGCUUUCUAGAGAGGAUUUAGUCUUCAUAGAGAUAACUUUUUAUACCUCCUUUAAAUGCAAAUAUAUAUUUAAUAUAGCCUAUAAAGUCCUUUAAAACAGAUAAUUUUGCUUUACAUUAAUUACCUUGUUUUUUUUUUUUUUUUACUGUUUAUCAAUUAACAAUUUAUUAGAUAAGUUAUGGUAAAUGAUUCAUUUGUAUAGCAGUUUGUUAAAUUAUUAUCAAUGUAUUAGAUAAAUUACAGUCUUUAAAAAAAAUAAUCUGCUCAGUGUCAUUCAUCUCCAACAAGAUACUGUAGAUAUUAUGCAGUUUUGAUCGAUACUACAUUGUUUCUGUAUCUCCUUACCCUAAAAUUUUAAUCUGAUUUAGCAGGUACUUACAGUAGAAAUUUGCUGUUUUUCAACCAACAUUUCUGAUGUCCCUUGUGGUCUAAAUGUUGUUUUACAUGACUGAACACCUGGCAAAGACACAUUUCUGGCGAAGUCUGCAUUUUUGUGGUUUCCUAUCAUCUUCAAUGUUUAAAUAAAAAGAAAAUUAAAUCAUCUGCCAUCAACAACUUCCAAUUCAAACAACUUUAUCAGCCUUUAAACCGUACUAGCUGAACUGGAGUAUAAAGUGCUCACAAUAAUUCAUAUUUUCAAUUAAUCGAUUUGGCAACUGACACUUUCCUUUACAAUGUCUCAUCGCAUGAUAUAUAACAGUCACAUAUUAGGCCCCAUAUGGAGCAAACCUAAAACUAAUUUUUCUUGAUUAAUGUAGUGAUCGGAAUACAAACCAAUCAGAAACAGCCGUAUAGCCGUAUGCACCCUCAGGAAAGCUCACAAAUACUUGUUAAAGAGCGGCACAGUGCAAAACAGGCAGACUGAAAACACAGAAAACACCAGUUGAGCUGCAGGGUGACACGUCCGCCUCCUCACAGCUGAGUUAUCCUCGGUGUGCACGCUGCCACACUGCAGCUAAUGAUCCAUAAAGUUAUUCUAGGAAACAAAACGCAGGUCAAGCCCAGCUCUGCCACUUACCAACCACAACUUCUGAUCAAACUUGAACAAAUAACACACAGAAACUGACUGAAACCGAGGAUCAAUAUCCGCAUUUCAAUAUUAAAUACAUGCCUUUGGAUUUAGACUUUUCUGGAAAUGUUGGAACUUGUGGAAAUCAUUUUUACCAGGACACAUCUCUGCUUUUUAUUAUCACCUUGUUUCUGAAUUCAUGUCCCAAAUUAUGGGCUAGUGUGGCAAUCAAAUUCAAAGUGCAUAAAUCAGUAGUAUUAACUACUAUCCCCCCUCCUUUACCAUCAUCUACUAUCAAUAUCCAUAACAAAAAACAUUCAAAUCCCUCCAAGUAUAAGGCAAAUACAAUUACGCAUCACAAACUAUAACCACAGUAUAUCAGAAUUGUCUCUUGGGCUAGUGCUUUUCAAAACAGUAAGGUGGGAAAAUACAGAGUAUGUACAUUUUUAGCCUUUUCUUGUGAUCCCAAAGUACAAUGGGGCUUCUUCAAUGAUAACCAGAGACACUUCACCUGCAUUAUAAAGGUGCAGGAUUUUUAACAGAGUGCAGUUUAACAAGUUGCCACAAGAGAGCAACAGUCGUUUGUGUGACAUUGACACGUUGCCUUUGUUCCUCUUUGUGUCAACAAUCAGUCCCACAUUAACCAAUGACCACAUUAAAUGACGAGCUGGGUAUAAAAUGUUGGCAGUUACCUCCAAAAAACUGCACCAAAUGUCUGAUUCGUUUAUGUUUGUCACCUGUAGCUCAUUUCUUACUUACUUACUGUCCAGUAAGGCUAAAUUGGAUUUUUAUCACAGCUUGAAUAUAUUCAACAAUUCAACAGCUGUAGACUUUACGUCUAAAGGGCAGUCUCAAACUGGACCCUGUACAAAAGCAGCAAAUCAAAGUACAAAACAUGUGUUUGACACAUGAAGAAAAAAAAAACGAAAACGUACCUUUAUCAAAUAACAGUUAAUGUGGCCCAAAACAUUUAACCAUGGCAGUUUAAGAAAUGUAACUGGGGGUGAGCUAAGACAUAAGACUACACUAAGGUGCUUAAUUUCGUCUUUUAAAUAAAACAAUAAAAACAGCUUAUUACAUUUACAAAAGCUUGUCCACAAAUUCCAACUUUCGGUAGUACCAGCCAAGACACACGUGGGGGCACAUUCAAAAGACUUUCUGAAUGUAAACAUGAGGAAUUAAUCACGAGGAAGAAACACAAUAUUUACAGGUUAAUGCUACACUACAAGUAGGCUAUCUAUAGAUAAAAUGAGCGGGAGUGCAUUGAUAGUGCACAGACUCUUUCUGGAUAAGAAACUGAUUGAAAUGUCAGAUUUAAAAGGAAUAGUAAUAGAUUUUGGGAAAUACUCGCAUUGACUUUCUUGCUGAAAAUUAGAUGAGCAGAUCGAUUCCAUUGUCUCAGAAACAAAAAUUCCCCUCCUUAAGUUCAUCAAUUAAUACAAAAGUAUAAAACAAUUUGUUUUGGUUUUUUUUACAGUGAGUUAAAAAACUUCAGUUU